UUUGCGGAUUGCAUACAACAGCAAAUUCAGGCGACUUUACUUAAUUCUUUGUAUCACGACUCAAUUCAUUAGAAAAAAUGGCGGUUAUAUUUGAGACAGCUCAAUAUGCACAUGUUUUGCGCAUGCUGAAUUCUAUGUCUGCUAGAGACAAGUCUUUUAGAACCUUGCAGUUUGUUGCAAAGCUUUUGGCUUGGCGUCUGUACUAUAACGGAAGCUCUUUGGAAAGCGUGAACAAGUGGGAUACUUUGGAAUCUCAAAUUUCCUUUGCUAGAAAACUCUUCAGUAUUGGCAAGGUAUUUGAUUAUCUUUCAAAGUCUUAUUUUGGCAGCCUUCAAAUACAAAAUCCACUUUCAUCUUCUGAAGCAGCACUUCCUUCCAUCCAACUGACUAGAGAUAUUGCUUUUACUGGUUAUUCCGCAAUGGAAUUGGUCGGUUGGUUGCAAAAGGCAAGAUUAAUCGACUGUCCCAAGUCUAAGCGCGUCUCUACCUUGAGCAAGCAAUUUUUAGCCGCUGCUUUACUUUCCUCAUGCUUCGCAGGGGUAUAUAAUUACCAAAAGAUUUCCGAACAAUUGAAAUCAAUUCAGGCAUCCGAAUCCGGUAAAACUAAAAAUGAAGCAUCAAUUGAAUCUUUAAUUAGGGAAAAAAACGAGAUUGUCUAUUUCGCCAUCCAAAAUGCUUUGGAUGCUGUAAUUCCUUUGGCUGAGUUGGAUGUCUUAAAGUUGGAUGAUGGUUUUGUAGCUAUGACCGGCAUUACCACAAGCAUAAUGGGUCUCUAUAAGACUUGGUCAUCCAAUUAGAAAAACUUCACUACUUCCUGGUUGCUUUUUGACGAUAUAACAUAUGAUUCAUUUACAAUUUAUGAUGUUAUAAAUAUUGCUCUUUCAAUUCGUAACCCAAUCCGUUCUUUUCCGGGUAAUAUAUUUAAUUAACAGUCAUAGCAAAAAUAAAGCUUCACCUUCGUCAAUUCAAGCAUCAUUAGUCAUAUGUCAGUAUUCCGAGCUAAUUUUAACUAGAGUCCAGCUUCAGCUUGUUUAUGGAAAAGAUACAAAAGAUCGCUAAUCGUUAAUUUUCCUGAUUUUACUUUUAGUUUGCUGUCUCCCAAAGCGCCUUUUGCAAUCAGUCGCUUUUCUUCUUGCAAAGCGACGAUUCUCUCUUCGAUGCUGUUAGCUACAACCAGUUUGUAUACGAAUACAUCCUUUGUUUGCCCAAUUCUAUGAACCCGAUCGAUAGCCUGAUCCUCAAUCGCUGGAUUCCACCAUACAUCUGAGAGAAUUACACGACUAGCGCAAGUUAAAUUCAAGCCAAGUGCUCCACACUUUAAAGAGCACAAUAAAACGCGCACGUCGUUGUCAUCUCUUAGUAUUCGCAACGAUUCCUCACGAGCAGGGUUAGCCAUUUUUCCAUCGUAACGAACAAACUUGGUUUUCGCAGCAACUAAGUGCGGUUCAAGGAUAUCAAGGAAGGUUGUAAAUUGAGAGAAAAUGAUAGUCUUUCCGGUUGGUAUAGAUUUCCCUUCUUUUUCAUGUUGUCCUUCUCCCUUCAAAAUACAAAGAAUCUUUUUUACUUUGGACGACAGGUACAGUUCCCGAUCCAUUGCUACUUCUGAUGGAUCAGCAGAAAGCUUUCGUAUGUUAGAUAGGCAGUUUUUGCAAAUUGAAGUACUCGAACUCUGUGGAAGUACCGUAUAACAUAUUUCGCAUCGAACUUUACUUUUGUGACCAAUUUCAAUCCCUUCAAGCAUAGCGGCAACAUCGUCCACGGCUUGAUCAGGAAGAGGGUCCUUACCAUUCAUUUUCAUAGUGGAAAUAGAAAGAGCAUCGGCAUCAUUCUGUAAAUGUGUGCUAAUAAGCUUUGGAUGAUUGCAAGCUUGUCGUAAACGGAGAAGUAAACAGAGAAUAUUUGUAUAAUUCCU